UUUUACCCCCUCUUGCGUCACGUCACCAUCUCCUCCUGGCGCAAAAAGGAAAGAGAUGGCAGAGCUUCGGCCCGUUCAGACGGGGCCGCGAUCCGUAGCUUCCUCUCUUUCGGAGCCUCCUCGGCGCCCGGUUGCACAAGAGACGCCCCAUUUCCGAGGUCGACGGAACUCCCCGCCGCCCCGGCCGGCAGAGAGGGGCAGGCGUUUGCCGGGCCGAGGGGAGGUUUCCCUGGACCGAAAAGGGAAGUGACGCCAAGCAAGGGUUCCCGGAAGCGACUGGCUCCUGUGUGCGAUUGUAGUGUUUUCACUUUUUUCAUGCAAGUUGCAGCAAGGGGGGGGGAGAGAAGAAGAAGGCGAGAGAGAAAGGUUGCAUCCUGUACUCCAGCUUGGCAGCUUAGCCACCUGCCCAUCCCCUGUACUCUCUCACACAGCUCCUAUGGCCCUAUAAACCUUGCAAUGUGGCUCUCAACUAGCUGAGUUCUCUUCCCCGCUGUGGGGAGAAAGGUGAGAUGGCGUUUAUGGACGGCUGGCCCUCCGCUACAUUUUCACCACAUUGUGCAGUUGAAAAGUGGGACGUGGGAAGGACUGGCAAUGCAGUGCUGCUGUGGCUGAUGCCCUGAGAUGGCCAAAACAGGCACGGAUGAAUCUCAAUUACCACUGGAAGGUGGAGAACCUGCUUCACAGGUCAAAGACGAGCGGUCAGAAGCUAAGCCAGAGUCUCAGAGCACAGUGAAAAUUGAGGUGGUUUGCACAGAUGAUGGAGAGAGCUCUACGCACAGUGCUGCCGAGGAGCCGGCCCGCAAGCGCAAAAAGGGCCCCGCUCCGAAGAUGUUGGGCGAUGAGGUGUGUAGCGUGUGUGGAGACAAGGCUUCAGGGUUCCACUACAACGUCCUCAGCUGUGAGGGCUGCAAGGGCUUCUUCCGGCGUAGCGUCAUCAAGGGAGCCCGGUACACUUGCAAGGGCAGCGGGCAAUGCCACAUGGACAUGUAUAUGCGCCGGAAGUGCCAGGAAUGCCGUUUGAAAAAGUGCCGGCAGGCAGGCAUGCGGGAGGAAUGUGUUCUGUCAGAAGAACAGAUCCGUAAGAAGAAGAUCCGCAAACAGCAAGAGGGCGAAGGUGCCUCAAGCAUGGAGGGGAGUGGCAGUGGGGAGGUUCUCCGAGUGCCCCCUCUGCCCUGUGAUCCUGCUUUAUCCCAGCCCGAACCAGCUCCCCUCACGCCGCAGCAGGAGGGUAUGAUCCGGCAACUGGUGGCAGCACAACAGCAAUGCAAUAAAAGGAGCUUCAGCGACCAGCCCAAAGUCACGCCCUGGCCAAUGGGCAGCGACCCCAACAGCCGGGAAGCCCGUCAGCAGCGUUUUGCCCACUUCACGGAGUUGGCCAUCAUCUCUGUGCAAGAGAUAGUGGACUUUGCCAAGCAGGUGCCCGGUUUCCUGCAGCUGUCCCGGGAAGACCAGAUCGCACUGCUCAAGGCCUCCACCAUCGAGAUCAUGCUGUUGGAGACGGCACGACGCUAUAACCAUGAAACCCAGUGCAUUACAUUUCUUAAAGACUUCACGUACAGCAAAGAUGAUUUUCACCGUGCAGGCCUGCAGGUAGAGUUCAUCAACCCUAUCUUUGAGUUCUCCCGGGCCAUGCGGCAGCUGCAGCUGGACGACGCUGAAUACGCUCUCCUCAUUGCUAUCAACAUCUUCUCUGCUGACCGGCCCAACGUGCAGGAUCAUGGCUUGGUGGAGGUGCUGCAGCAGCCCUACAUUGAGGCCCUCAGCUCCUACAUCCGCCUCCAUCGCCCGCAGGACCAUCUGAUGUUUCCACGCAUGCUGAUGAAGCUGGUGAGCCUGCGGACCUUGAGCAGUGUACACUCGGAGCAGGUGUUCGCUCUGCGCCUGCAAGACAAGAAACUGCCACCGCUGCUUUCCGAGAUCUGGGAUGUCCACGAGUAAACAUUUGGGGGGGCGGUUGGAUAAGGGUGCAAGCCCUCCCUCUCAGACCUCUUCCUCCAGGUCCAAGCAGUCACGGUUCUCUGUUAAGGAUUCUUUGGACCUCAGCACAAGACUUGGCCAUUGACGGAUUGUUGGUCCCGCCAGAGGAACUGUAUCAAGGGGUGGGGGCUAUGAAGCACUUUUUUCCUCCUCUCUACCCAACCCCUCUACUUAUAUUUCCUUCAGCAUUUGCCUCUCUACUUUUGGUUUCGGAGAAGGGAAGAGGCCGGUCAUAGUUGUACUCUUGGUGGGAAUACGGGGGAAGAUGCAAUGGAAAUCUCCCUGAAGACCUACGCCCCACACUUCAGAAUGCAUUAAGGACCCUGCGCCAGUAGGGUUUUUUAGCCUGACAACACCUGUACCUGCCAGUCCUCCCAGAAAGCAGGGAAGGCAUAUUGCAGUAGAAAAGAAGACUGAGGGGCUAGUCGUAUGCCUGGGGUGUGUGGGUGACAAGACGCCCAGAGAAAAAUAAUAAACUCAGAUAUGUCACUCCAAA